AUUAAUCAGUACCCAAGAAGUAGCUCUUGGUUUCAAAAAGAUUGCUGACCACUGCUAUAAACCAUAAAAUAAAUGAAAACAUAUAUUAAAAAAGUACCACCAUGGCGCCGCUGUGGCGCCCUCUAGUGUUGAACUUCUUGUCUCACGGUGACUGAUUUGACCAUCGAUUCCAACCCAGAGGGGCGUACUUCAAACUGCAGCACAGAUAUCAAAAUGCCACAGUACUCUACAGACAUAGUGGACAGAAGAGAAGAAGUCCAUGAGAACAUCUGUAGUGCCAGUGGUCCAAAUGUCCAGUCUGAAGGUUUGCUGAAAGAAGCCUCUGUUGGCAAUGGCCACCGAUCGAGAACAAGUAUUGGGUCGAAUCGUCUAAAAAGGUCAAAACCGGUCCAAUCGAAUGCCACCAAACCACCCUACAUGCUUAAUGGACUUUUAAACCAUGGCUUUAAGGGCAAGGAUACACAAGCAGCACCUGCAAGGACUAAGAGGAAACACAGGAGCACCUUUUCAACUAUCAUUGGUCCUGGCAGAAGCAGUCAUAGCAGCGCUCCAAGUGGCAUCUUGGUAAACCGGACCGCUAGAGAGGACCACGCAUCGUCCACUUCUAAGCAACCGGCAAACGAACCCAGCCCACCUGCAAGUACCAGGGCAAGCAGCCUGAGAUGGAGAAGGAAAAACAGCUAUAAGAAGAGAGACUCACUGCACGCGUGUCCAGAGAAGCCAACACAGCACAAGACGCCGCCACUCGAGGAUGAAGAUUGGGAAAAGGAUUGCCAGGCCAAUGUGGAAAACAGGGUCCAACCUUCUGGUCAAGAAGAUGUGCUGCAGUUGACUUUGCAGGGUUUAUCACUGGAUCAAUGGGAGGCUUUGGGAAUCGGACCCAAUUACAGCCCAGCCAUACACCAUUCACAUCCCCUGCAGUGGCACUGCCCUGAAAUCGCUGCAGAACCUGAACAGUUUGCAGACGCAGUUGAGUAAACCAAAGAGACAUUCCGUGUUCCUUCCACAAUCGCUCAAUUCGGUCAGCCUUGUUAGCCCUCAAUGGAAGUGCAGUGAUUGUUGUUAUUUUCCAUUAAGGGUUUCCGUGUCAGUUUACAUGCUUAGAAUAUUUGUUUUGGAAGAUACUUUUUGACCUUAGCAGGUAUAUACUUUGGGAAAAUUAAAAGGUUAUAAUAAACAUUCAUGCUGUUAUGGCAUCAAUUGAUUUAUUUUGCUGUGGCUUUAAAUUAGGAUUUUAUAUAGUUUUUUCUAUGUUGUGAUGUAAGUGUGAUUUGUGAAUGUUUCUCUUUUAAGUCUGUCUUUUUUUAAAUUAUUUUAGUGGGGUUAAGUGAUUUUAAUUUUUCAACCAGUAAUAGCAAUAUUUGUUUUUAGGCUCUUUUGGUCUGUCAGUUUUAGUGAAUCACUUUAAUUCAGAUCCAGACACAGUUAGUCAUGAGUUCUUCUGACCCAAGGUUUCAGUUUCAGUACCUGAAUAAAUCAAAUGUUCUGUUGGUCAAACCUUUGUGUCAUUGCCUUUGUCAGUAGGUCUUGUGUUAUGUAGCAAUGACUAUGUCUGGCCGAUAGAUGGCAGAGCUGUUGCAGCUUUUUAGCUUUUUCUGACAGCGUUGGGAGUUGAGUGGGUUCAUUUCCAAGGACUCACUUGCAUACUUACUACAUUUUUCCCCCAAGGUUCAUUCGGAAAGGGCUUAAUGAUAACCAUUAAAGGUGUUUUCAUCAUAUUAAAACCUUCUAAGUACACAGUCACCAUUUGACUAAAUUGAUGAAUGAUAUUUCUAAGCGCCUAUGAGAUUUUAUUAAUUUUCCUCAACUUCAUUAGCAUUUCUAUAAACAAUAUGGAAGUGUUUAUUACAAUGUCGUUUUUAUAAGUUUUAUAGGAUUUAUUUUUGGAAGAAUGCAUUUGUACACACACGACAGCCCUUCCCCAUAAGAAAAGCCAUACCUUCUUUAUAGAUGGAAAUUAUGCUCCCCCUUUGAGUCAAUAAACACCCAGACCACUAUUUGGAAGUUGAUAUUGAAUGUAUAUUAGCAUCAUCUGGCUUGAUUACUCUUGAUUCACACAAUAUAUUUAAUCUGGAAAGAGGUGCUAUUAAGUUGUUUUAUCUGUAUGACGAUGUCACUGAGUGAUAUACAGCACUUUAGCCACUUCAUCUCAGGGCCAACACAGGCAACUAUUCACACU